GCAGACUGGUUUUCCAUUUGGACAAUUGCAUGUAAGAUUGGCUGCCCAAUACAGCUUUCGGGUGCACAGUUAUUACUCCAGUGUUAGAGCGAGCUGUAAUUCUUGUCAUUUCUUUCAGUUCCUCUGUUGUUCAGACACUUGCAUUGCAGUCCAAGAAACAAAGCUCAAGCUUUCAAGCAACAUAAAGUGUGCUUCACUCACGGCAGUACAAGAGCUAUCCCGGGUGGCAGCUUCCUCCCAUCAAACUCAGAGAAGCUCCUGCUCAUGGAUCCUCUCCCUACCUGUGCUCUUCUUUGCUCAAUCUUUAUACUCGGUGAACUUGUGAAUGGGCAAAUGGUUAUAUUCCACUUGAACAACAAGUGCCCUUUUCCAGUGUGGCCUGCAGCCGCCCCCAAUGCCGGCCAUCCUGUGAUUGCCGAUGGUGGCUUCCUCCUCCCACCCAAUCAGACAAAGCGUGUUCAUGCACCUCCGACGUGGAACGGCCGGUUUUGGGGUAGAACCGGUUGCGACUUCACCACCACCUCCAAACCAGGUUGUCAAACUGGCGACUGCCAAGGCCUGCUCUCUUGCAAUGGAACCAUUGGCACGCCUCCUGCUACCCUUGUCGAGGUUGCAUUACAGGAAGACCAAAGCAAGCCGAGCUUCUACGACGUGAGCGUGGUGGACGGCUACAACCUCCCGAUCGCCGUGUCGACGAAGCCAGCAUAUCGCAAGUGUUGGAUCGGAGGAUGCACGAAGAGCAUCAACAGCGUAUGCCCGCAAGAACUCCAGGUGUUGGACCACAGCGGCGCCGCCGUGGUCGCAUGCAAGAGCGCGUGUUUGGCCUUCGAUCUGGAUGUGUUCUGCUGCAGGAAUUCGUACGGGAAGCCGGAGACAUGUAAGCCCAGCGUGUACUCCGCCAUGUUCAAGGAUGCUUGUCCGAGCUACUUCAGCUAUGCUUAUGACACACCACCGCCACUGGUGAAUUGCUACUCCAGAGAGUAUGCCAUCACCUUCUGCCCCUCGAGAUGGGGUAGUCUUUUAUCCCAGUAAGAGAAAUCUAUCUGCUCAUGAAUGUGACAUGUUUCGGCUAUCUUCAGAUA